GGAAACAGCUUCUAGUCGACUCGGCACAUUGACCUGUCACAAUGCAGGAGACAACUAGGGAAAUAUCACUGGGAUGGAGUAUGUUCAUUUGGCUAAAGAAAGAAAGAAAAGUUAUCAUUUCAUAACUGUUUAAUUUCCCAAAGACCGGAAAGGGAUUCAUACUCGACGUGUUUACGUUUAGAUUUUUCAAAAAAAUCUAGGAUGGCAAUUCCAUGGAGAAGCCGGUAACAUGUAUUAUGUGAGUUGUUUCCUAUCGAUAGCAUCCUGAGACCAAAGCUACCUCCAUAAUCACAUAAAGGGAUCAACCCGACUGAAAUCCUUUAAACCAGAACAUAGUUGUUAUAUUUGAAUGUCACCAAUUACGCAUCGGUGUUCCGUCUGAAAGGAUAUGGAUCAUUUCGCCGCUGAGUGCCUUGUGUCUAUGUCCAGCCGGGCUAUCGUUCACCCUAAAGAGAACAGAGAGUUCAAAACGGAACCAGCCGCAUGCUAUCCAAGGAACGAUGGGGACGAUAUGGUCAAAGACAACUCCUCUCUUUUCGUGGUGGCGAGGAUUCUAGCGGAUUUUAACCAGCAGGUACCCACGACUACUAGCGAUAUUGCCGAGCAGGCAAAAAUACAAGAAGGGUGCGUAUCGCCAGCUCAAGUCACAGAGGAUGGGAAUACUGCCACACCUAUCCUCGUCAGCCCCGCCGCCGACCUCACACAAAGAGGCAGUAAACGUGUCAGAGGUCGAUCCGAACCGGAAUCGCCUCAGAAAAAGCACAAAUGUCAUUAUUCAGGUUGUGAAAAAGUUUACGGGAAGUCGUCCCACCUCAAAGCGCACCUAAGGACACACACAGGAGAGCGUCCCUUCCCCUGCACCUGGACUGAUUGCAACAAGAAGUUUGCCCGUUCGGAUGAGCUGGCCCGUCACUACCGCACCCACACCGGGGAGAAGAAGUUCAGCUGCCCGCUCUGCGACAAACGCUUCAUGCGUAGCGACCACCUGAUGAAGCACGCUCGCCGCCACUCUGAGUUCCAGCCCGCCAUGUUGAAACGGCCGUACGGGUGUGGCGGAGGAAUGGGAGGAGGAAUGGGUGGAGGUGUGGGCGGAGGAAUGGGCGGAGGAAUGGGCGUGGUCGGGAGUACUACACGCCCCGGAUCCCUCAGCGACUACAACAGCCGCUCCGACUCGUCCAGCCCCACCCUAAGCCCCACCCCCAGCCCCACCCUCAGCCCAGCUAACUCGCCUUAAAGCCCCCGCCAACAGCACUUUCAGGCUCUGCCUCCAACGCCCUGAUUGACCCACCCACCCACCCACCCACAAGACAAGACACACACCCACAGACAGGACAGGACUCUUUCAGUCUGUUUUAGACCUUUUCCACCACAGGGUUUGGGUUUUACACCGGUGCCCUGUGGAAUGUCUCAGCCCACAACAGCAUUGCGAUGGAAAUAGGCGAUUUAAAUAUUUUCUUAUCAUGAUGGUGGUCUUAGACUGGAUCCUCUUUAGCACCCGCUCCAGUCACACUUGAGUCUUUUUACCAUGACAGGUGGUGGUAGAAGGAAUCCUUUCAAAGAACUUGAUGCCCCUGUCCCUUGUUCUAACGUCUCACCCUAACCUUGACUUCAAUGGGACUACGCCACAACCCCAGCAGUAACUCUGAUUCGUUAUUUUGGUCAGUAGGGUUCCUCUGAUUGGCUCUGGUCCUAAUUGGAACCCUCCCCUGCCCCCCCCGCCAUUCCACUUAUUGCACAGUUACUUACCUUGCGCGCCUCCUUUCCAAUGCUCUGUCUGCUUGCUGCAUUAUACUGUCUUCUACAUCAUGUACUAUACUGCCUAUUGUAGAGCAAUCCUUUCAACAGCAAAGACAAAAAAAAAGAAUGCUUUUCUUGAUGGCAAUAUUUCCAUAGUAUACAAAUGUACUGUGUCGGCAUUGUCUCUUUGAGAAGCCUCAGGCCAUUGUUCCCAUUUGUUAUAUUGUUUCAUUUAGGUUGUGGUACUUAACGUUAGCAGAAUCAGCCAAGAAAGAACACAGGAUAUUCGAUAUUCUAAAUACUACAGGACGUUACAUUUAUUUGAAAUGGCGAAAGGGAGAGAGAUUUCAUCUUCAUCCUCAGGAUUAUAAACACACAGUUUUAUUUCUUUUUUUAACUUGACUUGCACAAAUACAAAACAUCACUUUACUCUGAAAUUCAACGCAGGUUGUAUCUUCUGCCCUGCUCAGGGAAGGCCUCUUUGAUAGCUUGAAAUGAAUGGACACAAUGAAGACACGCAGAAACAAACACACACACACACACACACACACACACACACACACACACACACACACACACACACACACACACAAUAGCCUUACACUCAAACAGAAUUGCACUCCUCUCCUUGAAUAAAUUCUGUUUUGUUUUUCACACUGAAAGAACCCAUGGAAGUAGUCCUUCAAAACUAGGUCUUAUCUUUGAAUGGUGAUGACACAAAAUAACCAGUGGAAACUAGAGAGAGAGAGAGAGACAAAACAUACUGUUCCCUCUUUCACUUUCAUUUGAAUCCAAGAGCCCAUAUCUCUGACUUGAAUCUCUUACGUCACUGAACCACAGUGUGGCAGUGAGCUGUGUCGGUCAACACGUAAGACUUCUUCAAAAGGGGGAUGUGAAGAUGAGAGUAGAGACGUGUCUAACUGCCUCGCUUCAUAACCUCAUCCAGGGCAGAGGUGUCUAGUUCCCAUGUCAGACACCUAGAACUCAACUCUUGUGUAAUUGCGUCAAGAUGCAGGAUUAUUCGUGAGAGAUAAGUUCCCGUGUAAACACACCAGUCCAUGGUGGGCUAGCUUCAAAGGAGCUGUCUGAGGACACGUUGAUGCUGUACGGUCAACACAGGUCUCAAAACCCCUCGUCCUCAACAACACUUUAGGCCGUGUUACUGCAGGGCUGGAACAAAACCCUGCACGUGGUUUGGGGUUUGGCCACCCACCCCUGAUCUUAUUUGUAUCGUCCUCACGAUUCACCCAGCUACACACACACACACACACACACACACACACACACACACACACACACACACACACACACACACACACACA